AUGCGGUUUCCCCUUCUUCAAGUUCAGACCGAUCCGUCGCCUUGCGCAGAUCCUGCAUCGGUGCCUCUUCCUCCUUCUCCCGUUGCAUUUCCAGUUGGAUCUGUGGAUGCGACAAUAUCCCCUCCAUUGUUAUCCUCUGGAUGUGAAACAUCCCCUCAGGUAGUUUCAGCGCCAAUACCGGCGCCAACGUUAGCGUUAGCGCCGGCUUCCACCAUGCCGGUAAUAUCCAAGGAUGAUGGUCCCCAAGUAUCCUUCGAGGAAUUUGCCACCAAAUACCGGCAAAGCCAACGGAAACAAGUCCAGAGGAAGCGACUGGAACAGCGCUUGCGCGCGACUAAGGUAUCGAUCGGAGUCUCCGCACGGAUGAUUCGCAUUGGAAAUACUAUGCAGCGUGGCCUCGUGGAAGCUCUCAAACAUGAUGACAAGGCCAAUUUUAUUGCGCUCUAUCAUAUGCUGUAUGAUCUUCAGGAGUCCUGUGUCUGUGUUUCCAACGACCAAUAUGGAGCCCAUUAUGAUUCUCCCGAUGGACAGGAUUCAAUCCCGGAUGCCGAUUUAGACCAUUCCUCGGAUUUCUUUCAUCAAUUAAGCCCGCAAUCCCAAGGAGAUCUGUUGGAAAUUCUACAACUGGUUCGCUCUAACCCACAGUUCUUGGUCGAUCGUUUACGCAGUUUUACUUCCGCCCAGCUGGCCGUAUUGACUACGCCAGCUGCCAUUCUGGAUACCAAUGAUCCCGCUUUCGCUUCUUCUCCUUCCUCUCCUUCCCGCUAUCAGAGCCAAUAUUCUUUUAAUCGAACCAUGGCCCAGGCCGCCCCAUUCAAGGACCAUAUUUAUGCCUUUGAGAGGACCGAUCCGCUAUCCAUUUUGCUUUUCAACGUGUUUGCUGCCCCCAUGGAACCCGAAACUCCCGAGGCCCAACCACGUGUGGACGUCUGGUCGUCCGUCUGUGCACAAUUAAUCGCUCAUGGCAGCAAUAGAUUCUAUCCCCUGAUUAGCCAGAUUCUUUCUUCCUGGGCCACUGGCAGUACUUGGAAAGCUCGCCCCAAAUUUGAACUGUACCUGAUGGAUAUCUUGCAAACCGGAGCCUUUCUCUUGGAACAUGUAGAACCUGCCGUUGGAUUGGACUUUGCCACUGAGGCCUUGGAUCCCCUACGAACGGAAGUCGCCGAGGAGUUUUUUGCUUCUGCCGUGGAUGACUUGUUUCGUGUUCUUGAUGAUCCUGACAGUGGUUUUCCUUAUGCUGUCUUGCAAUUUGCCAGGGCAGUACUAAGGAAAAUCGAUAACCCUGAUAUUCGCAGUCGCUUUUUGGAAUACCUGUUUUUGCAGUGGUUCUUCCCCAAGUUUCUUUACAGCGCCUUGACGUAUCCUGAGACCCACGGUUUGUUACUCGAUUUUCAUAUUCGCAAGGAUGCGCGUGAUAGGUUGCUCAACCAGGUUGGACUGCGCGCAUAUUCUCAAGUCUUCGCUUCAUUACGUUCCAUGCAUCACUACUCCAUUCUAAGGCCAGCUAUCAAGGAACGGGUCAAUAGUAUGCUUGGCCGGUUCGCAAGCACACCCACCUCCAAAUCUCCGAAUUUUGAUCGCUCUUCAUCGUCACGUCGUAGUCCUUCUACUUUCCUUUUGUUAUCUGCGGCCGAUGUGAAUACCCUGCUGGAUGCUCUUUUCCCACAGACACUCUCUUCAUUUCAGUCAACGCCGGCCUCGUCAAUAUUUUCGAUGGACUCCUCUUCAAUCUCUGCUCCCGAAAAUGAUCUCGCUCAGAAUGCCGCUCGAAUCCGGUUUGAGUUAACUGAUCUGGAUGAGCCAAGUGAACGUUCCAAACUGGAAUAUCCUUCUGAUGAGUACUGGACGAUAUUUUCCGUUUCCAAAGAUGGUCAUAACCUUGCAUGGAGCUUGCUUCCAAUUCCCGAUGCCGGAUUAUCGAAAGAUUCCGCUGUGGAGAGUGAUGACGAUACCCAGAAUCUUGGUCUGGAAGAAAAUUACGAGGCAUUGCAGACUGCCAUCGUUCGUCUUGUUAAGGAAAACCAUGUCUAUGACUCCGAUGAUGAGGAUUACCCUACAACAAGGUCUUCCAAGUCAGCUCCUAAGUCGCUAAAACAACGUUUCAACCAGGCCAUGGCAGCUGCCACAAAUGACUCUGACUUCGUCGGGGCUCAUUAUUGGUGGAAUGUCUCACGUCAACUCAAGCAAGGCCAAGGACGCCUAUCUAGCUCCCCUGAUGUUGCAGAUGAUUCAUGGAUUCUAGGCCCAAUGCACAACCUAUGCAUUCGUUCCUUGAACAAAUCACGAGCUGUCGUUGAGCGCUGUGAAACUGACUUUAUCUCUCUGGACCAUAGUUUGCGCCGGCUGCAAACCCGGGUCAAUGAUCUCAUGUCUACUCUCUCCAAAGUCCGGAAUAAGAUAUGGUAUAUGACGGAUGUCAAAAACUCGAUGAGGUAUGAGGAUGCCAAACACGUUGCCGUGGCCCUAAAGAAUAUGAACAAUCCUGCACGACCGUUGACAAAUAUGCCUGAGGACUCGAGGUCGCGAACUACAGCCCGGUCACUGGGUGGAUCCCUGUUCCAGAAGCCUGAGCUACAAGUGAUAAAUAUCAUGAAGGCACCGAACAGCCAGGGUGGCCCCAAGAAGCUGUCCGAUGAGCAAGUUGAGCUUACUCGCAAAUGGUUGUCUCACAAUGGUAUUGAGAAUUUCUGCAAAGGCGAAGAGAGAAUUCAUCGCUUCUGCUAUGAAGUUCAAACGAGCAUUUAUCAACUGGUGGGAGAAACCAUGGCAGAGACACCAGUACUCUGGGCAAGUGAAUUGUUUCAGCGAGAGCGAGCAAGAUACGAAAGCCACGGUGCUCGUGCUUUCCCUUCCUUGUCUAUUCCGACAACUCCUCGCCCGUCCACAACAGCGAGCGAAGAUCCUAUAAACAUCUCUCAGUCUAGACUGUCGCAAGACAUGCCAUCGCUGAGUCGCAAAUCUUCUAUACAGAGCUUGCUCUCUGAUAAAUGGCGACCGCAGCGAGACUUGCCUUCCAUCGACAUGAGUUCUCUCGGAGGCUCCCCCGGUCGCGCUGCAUCUGUCUCCACGACUACCACCGACACACUCAGUACCUUCUGGUCAAGGCCACAGCGUCAACCUGUCUACGCCGCUAGCGUCUCCAGCGCAUACUCAAGACCUCCAUCUAUGUUUAGUAAGACUAUUAAUCGUCAACCUCGGCGCAACGAGCGCAAGGACCAAGGACGGGCGGCACAAGACAAGACAGCAUUCAUGGAUAACCUACGACAAACCCUCACUAGUCUUUUGCUGAGCGACCUUGGAUCACCCGUCUGGAGCUGCGGCAGCGAAACAGAUGCAUGGUUUACGGGCACUCUCGACCAGGCUCGCGUAAGAGUACAGAUGAAGAAGCGAGCUGCAGUGCACAAGUUCUAUGUAGAUUAUGAUGAAAGGUCGAAAAGUCUUCGUGAACGCCGACAAUCUGGGAGUCGUCGGAGCAGGUCUCUUGACGCCCCUCGUUUGCGUGCCAGCAUGCACAGCCAAUCCUCCUCAGAAUCUUCUGAUGCUCAGCGUGAAUCAUCAGAUUUGGGUUCAGGCUCAUUACAAGAUGAUGACCAGUCGCUUUUUUCGUAUAAAGCAGUCUUUCAUCGAUUGAUCGAGGUGUUCUCUCGGCAUGGAAAUCCUUUCGUUAAACUUAACGCACUCCGAGAUCUACGUGCACUCGUCAUUGCCUCACUGAUAUCAUCCCAAGAGCCAAACCCUGCUCACAUUCGCCCCGUCUCCCCCGAAAACAACAGGGCACGAGGCAACAAUAACCGGACUGCUCAGAGAGCCGGACGAAGCAGUUUCUCGGAGACUCAACUUUCGAAGGGUAAUCAACUGGACGCGGGACCGUCCAUAUCCCCGCCCAAAUCUGUCACUUGUGGCUCGCGCCCAUCGGACCAUCCAACCCCAUCUGAAGAUAAGAUAGUGGCUACUCUUCGGGAUUUACUGCUGGAGGUGAAACCCAAGACCCUUUUCCGGGAUCUUCAAUUCAUCUCAGCGUUCAUUCCACCCGACCAGCUCAGCAAGGGUGACCAGGGCACGGCGUUCCUGCAAUUUGGUCUCGCCGCUCUAAGUCUCAAGGAUGAAGUGUGUCACAGUAUGGUCGAGAUCGCAGAUCGUAUAGUCUCUCAGGAGCUUUUGCGUCGUCAUCCAUUCGGAUCGGACUUUUAUCCCCGCUCUGGCUAUGACCGUACCCUUGAAGAUGCUGCAGGGAUGUGGAUUAUCACUGCUAAGGAGGGUAACCCUGUCGCUCAGCGCGAACUGGCUAUCCUAUACCUCACUCAUCCCGAGUUAAUUCCACGUGUGACAUUGCCACUCACACGUCCCCGUGACACUUUCAAAGCUGAAAUGAUGUACAUGCGUGGUAAGGACUCCAAGUCCGAUCCACAAAGCAUGUGUCUGGCACUGCACUGGAUGCAGUUGUCUGCCAGUGGAGGUGAUCUUCUUGCUCGUAACCGGCUUCGCGAGCGAGAGGAGUUUGAUUCAAUUGCAUGA